AUGACUUCGGAUCUCGCCAUCGCUCUUCGCGAGUCUUACGAGCAUGGCUCCUCACUCUUUGAUGAUUCAGCAACGCGAGAUAUAGAGACGAGAAUACCUCUUCUAGGAUAUCCAAUCCAUCAUUCUAUGGCACCCUUGGUCCACAACUAUCUCUUUAAGAGCAAAAAUCUACCAUGGCAAUACUACCUGCUGGAGUCAGAAGAGCCCAGCGAUCUGUUAAAAGUCCUGGAUAAUUCCUCAGAGCACUGCAUUGGUGCUGCAGUGACCAUGCCGCAUAAAGUCACGUUCAUGUCUCAUGUGGACGAGAUCACAUCCUCAGGAAAAGUAAUAGGAGCGAUUAAUACUGUCUUUCUACGCCGUGACAAAGCCACCGGCAAAACGAGGCGCAUCGGUACCAACACGGAUACGAUUGGCAUCAGCAGAUCUUUCAGCACAAUUGCACCCUCAUUAACGUCUCCAGAAGCUAUCAAUAGACCUGCCCUGGUAGUUGGUGGAGGUGGGGCUUCUCGAAGUGCCAUAUAUGCUCUGCACUAUCUUAUGGUCAGUCGGUUGAAGAGUGAAACAGAUGAACUUAUAGCAUGGUUUAAUCGGGGUGCUUCUUCAACUUCGGGUGCUCAAUUUAAAGGAAAACUACGACCCUUGCAUUCACUUGAGCAAGCGACUACUCUUCCUGCGCCAUAUUAUGUCGUCAGCGCCAUCCCUGAUUUUCCGCCACAGACAGAUGGAGAGAGAUUAUCAUUUGCUAUUACAAGAGAACUCCUUGGGCGGGAAAACGCACUGGAGAAAGGGGUUUUGUUGGAAAUGUGUUAUCAUCCUAACAUCCGAACAUCUCUAUACGACUACGCUGAGAAGAAAGGGUGGCAUGUCAUUCCAGGCACCGAGGCAAUGAUCUGGCAAGCAUUAGCGCAGCAGGUCCUCUGGAUCGAGGAUGAGCUCAUCAAUGAGGAAUCAAUCAUCGAAGAUCUCAAAAGGAUUGUUAGGGAUGAAAUUUCCAGACGGGCAGCGAACGCAGAAAAAUAA